UGACUUGCAGCUUCAUUGUCAUUAGCGUCCGGAUCUCCACUGUCCGGUCACUUGCAGUCGAGCGGUCAUCGCGAACGGGUUUGCUUUGUAAGACGCGGCGUGUGAACCGAGUGCGAGAGCGUGGCGUGAUUUAAACGGACACUCUGUCUCUCUUCCACUCGUUUGUGUAUACAGUGAAGUGUACUUUUGAGGAAAGAUUGUAAAUAAUAGUGCCAAAACUAUAACUUAAAUGAGUGCCUGAGUGCCAAAACACCAACAAAAGAAAAAGGACAAGUGUACACAUCAAACCAAAGCUUUUUCGAACGAACCAAGAUGAAUCGAACGAAUUUAAAUGAAGUUACCAAUGGAGAGCAGCACACCACCAGCAGCACAAAGCCGUCAGCCAAACGGACCAACGGAUUGUACAAUCCCGUGCAGGAAAAUGCAAGCUAUGGCAGCUACGAGAUGGUGCAGGAAAUCGCCACUUAUCUGCUGGACCGCACGCGCAUCCGUCCCCUGUGUGGUAUCAUCUGCGGCUCGGGGCUCGGCUGCCUGGCCGAACAGCUGACCGAGGUGGACUGCUUCGACUACGAGACGAUCCCGCACUUUCCCGUCUCGACCGUGGCCGGCCAUCUGGGACGGCUAGUGUUUGGGUAUCUGGCCGGUGUGCCCGUGCUCUGCAUGCAGGGACGCUUCCACUACUACGAGGGAUACUCGUUGGCGAAGUGCUCCAUGCCGGUGCGUGUGAUGCGCCUGGUCGGCUGUACGCACCUGAUCGCUACGAAUGCGGCCGGUGCCAUCAACAGCAGCUACCGCGUCGGCGACAUCAUGCUCAUCAAGGACCACGUCAAUCUGAUGGGCUUCGCUGGCAACUGUCCGCUGCUCGGCCCGAACGAUGAGCGCUUCGGGCCGCGGUUUCUCGGCAUGGCCAAAGCGUACGAACCGGCCCUGCUGCAGGCGGCCAAAGAGGCGGCCACCCAUGUGCCCGGGCUGCAGAGUGUGCUGCGCGAGGGUGUGUACUGUUGUGUCGGCGGUCCCAACUUUGAAACCGUGGCCGAGGGUCGGCUGAUGGCGCUGCUCGGCGUGGACGCGAUCGGCAUGUCGACCGUGCACGAGAUCAUUACGGCACGGCACUGCGGCAUGACCUGCUUCGCCUUCAGCCUGAUCACCAACAUGUGCACGAUGAGCUACGAGGAGGAGGAGGAACACUGCCACGAGACGUUCGUGGACGUUGGCCGGCAGCUGGAGCAACGUAUCUGCGAUCUGGUGACGCGGGUCGUCAGCACGCUUCCUGCAGUGGGCGCAAACGGACAUAAAGAGUAGUGCACCUCGCACUACAAAAGAUCACGCAUAGUGGCGUGACCUACGUGACCACGUGGACAAAUGCGGCGCAUUAGAGAGUAAUCACAUCAAACAAUAAAUGUUUCACUUUGUUAACCCAUUUAA